AUGAACAUCUCUUUCGAGAUUGAAGUCGACACUCGGACCGGCGAGUUUCUAUGCUAUUGUCUCGUAGACGGCCAGCGCUGUUGUGACCUUAUCACUUACCACACUGGGCCUCCAACUUCUUGUAGCUCCGUCGCCACUGUAUGGCCAUCAUUCACUCGGAAAUCCAUUGGGUCAGACUGCUUUUCCCAAGUAACUUCAAGUGAUAAUCAAUCUGCUUCCUCAGAACCCAAUAAGCCUUUUAAAGCUGAUUAUGGGAUUAUAGGUGUUGGUUGUGCAGUAUCCAAAACAGCUCCUCUUGCCAGAGAACUUGCGGCUCGUUCUCUCGUAGACUGGUGUCGAGAAAAACAGCCUAUUGUGGGUCUCACACCUUCAUGUUCAAUAUCGUCAAAAGAUUCAGAACUGAGUGAGUAUAACUUCGCAUUUGUUAUCUUCGAUUUCAAGUUAUCUAUUCUAGCGCUAUUGAGCGAUUUAUCUCUAAAUUUUGUUCAUUUGCUUUAUCUGACGUUAUUUUACUCCUUUCUUCGGGUAGGGUGGCUCACUUCAGCUGUAUCUUAA